AUGUUGGCUGAUUUUUUGGAAAAAAAUGAUAUUAAAACAUAUAAUCAAUCGAUAACAUCUGAUCAAAUAAAUACAUUAAAAACGAGUUUAAAACAAGAAAUUGAUGAUAAACAAAAUCAGAUACAUCAAUUCUAUACAAAUAAAAUUCAAGAUAUAAAUAAAAUCGAUGGUCAAACGAAAAAGCUUAUUGGACAAUGUGAAGAGCUAGAAUCCGAACGAAAAGAAUUACUUGGAAAAAUUGAAGAGCAUUCUAAACUUGAAAACCAUGCACGUCAUGUGAAUUCAAAUUAUCAUCAAUUUCAUCAUUUAAAUCAAUUUAUUGAUGGUAUUAAACACUUAAUACAAUUACAAACUCAAAUUCAAGAAUGUCGACAAUUAUGUAAGAAAGGUCAUUUAAACGAAGCAAAAAAUUCAUAUAAAUCUAUAGAAAAUAUUCUCAAUAAUCAGUAUUUAUUUCCUAAUACAAAUGAAAAAUUUUAUCAACAACAUUAUCCAUUAUAUGAAACAUUUCAAAAAUCUAUUGGACGAUUACGUUCAGAUAUUUGUCAAACACAUCAUAUUCUAUGGAAUGAUGGAGUUAAUAAAACAACUCAAAAUGAAUUACAAUUAAAUUUAAAUUAUCUUGAUCAACUUUUUAAAUGUAUUUUCUAUGAAGAUAGAGGAGAAAAAUUAUUAAUGGAAAAAAAUAUUCAAACAUUUGCAACUUAUUGUUUUCAAGGAUUUAUCCAAAUAUUUAUUGAAAAAAAAUUGAAAUUAGUUAUUGAUAUAGAAACACCAGUGAUUUUAUUACAAAUGGAAAAUGAUGAAGAUAUUGAAAAUAAUAAUAAUAUUGAACAAUUCAAUAUAACAUUAAAUUAUUUGAAGGAAUUUUUUGAAAUAUUAAAUACGUAUUUAUUAUCAAGAACAAUGAAUAUUCAAACAACGAAAGAGAAGUCUAUUGAAUCAGUUUCAUUAAUGAGUAUUUUUUCUUCAACUAUUGCUAAUGAUUUUAUUGAACUUAUCCGUGAACAUCUAUUAAAUAUUAUUCCAAGUGAUUUUGAAUACAUCGAAAUAUUUCGUUUAUUAUUGGAAACAGUAGUAAAUUUAGAAAAAUAUUUAAUUGAAAUAAAAUUCUUUUCUUCCACUCAAAUAACUAAUGUACUUUCAUCUGUUAUUGGAAAUAUUGAUGAAUCAAUAAUAAAAAGUCGUUGUCGAACAUAUUUAAUUCAAAGUCGAGAAUUACUUCAAUCAAAUGCAAUUAUUACAACAUCAUUAAAAACAAUUGAAAUUGGUGAUAAUGAACAAUUAUUUAUACAAAAUGAACAAGAUAAAGAAAAAUAUAAAAAUCAAUCCGCAUCAAAUAUUUUAUCAUCAACUAUUAGUCUCGAUGAAUUAGAUGCAAAUAUGUUUCGAUUUCCACGUACAAUUAUUGUGGAACAUGCUUAUGAAUAUAUGCAAUUUGUUCGAAAAAUAUUAGAAGAAGCAGAUCAACUGGAAAAAUAUGGCGCACAUCUUUGUGCAACAGCAAGAAAUAUGAUGGAAUUAUUUCAUAUUAUAUAUGCAAAUUUACAUGAGAAAAAAGCACAAGAAUUUCCUUACUUGACUGCUUUACAUUUUAAUACUUAUAUGUAUGUUGCGCAUGAAUCUCUUAUUCUCGGUGAAGAAUAUUAUCAUUUAAAAUCUAAAACAGCUGAUGGUCAACCAAUAACAUUCGUUGAUUAUGUCGCUAUAUUUCGUAAUCAAGCAGCAAAUUUACUUAAAUCUCAAUUAGAUACUCAAAAAGAUACAUUAACAUCUUUUAUUCGAGAAAUUGGAACAUUUCAUAAUAUUGUUGAUGAAACUGAAAAUCAAGAUCUGUUAAAACGAGCAAUAAAUAAAUGUAUAAUGCAAAUGGAAAAUCUUUCUCAUAAUUGGCGUGAUGUAUUUUCACCUCAUGUUUAUUUUAAAGUUAUUGGAUAUUUAUGUGAUCAUAUUAGUCAACUUCUUAUUAAAGAAACUUUAUCACUUGAAGAUAUCCCACAACAAGAAUGUGAUGUAAUGGUGAAAGCUUUUACACAAUGGUCAACAUUUUUACAAAACAUACUUGUUAAAGAUGAUCUUAGUCCUGGUUUAAAUAUUCUUGCACGCUUAGCACCAAAUUUAACAAGAUUCACUGAAUUAUGUAUUGUUUUAGAUAGUCCAAUGCAAACAAUUGUUGACCGAUGGUUUAAUGGUCAGGGACCAUUGGCUAGUCAAUUUGCAGCGAUUGAAAUUAAACAACUUAUUCGUGCUCUUUUUCAAACAUCAGAAAAACGAACAGCAGCUCUUGCUAAAAUUCAAUAA